AUGGCAAAUCCACGCCUUCCAUUCUUGUGGCCCAACUUCUUUCGCGCUGUGCGAGCCUGUGAACCAACAACAUACCGAUCUAUUCGCACCCCUCCUGCAAGCACAAAAUCCACCCGCAGAGCAAAAUUCCAUUCUUCAACCGGCCGGCGCCAGGAACCAAUCGUGCAGAGGUACGGUCAAGCAGCCACGCAAAAUCUGCCCCCUCCACCCAAACCGGACGAGGCUGCGGCCCCCUCGAAGGAGGAGGAGGAGGAGAAGUCAACCUCUACCUCCAAGGACACUCAACAGUCCUCUCGCUCUUCUCACAAGGACAGUCAAACCGAAGAACAUGUGGGACAAGAUGACCCUCAAGAUUCCAAUACUGCUUCCGACUAUAUCAGUGAAGCUUCCUUGUCAAAGAGCUCUGGACACGACGUGAAGACCUCUGAAAAAGGACCUCUGGAGAACAAAGAACUUGACAUCGUUCUUUCCGUUCCCUCUCCAUCGGAGUUGAAGGGCAAAGAUGCCAGCCGGCAUCCACAUCUCGAACCUUCUCCUUACGAACAUCACUUCGACACCUACAGCCUCGUGCAGCAGCUCGCUGCCAAAGAGCCUCCAGCAUAUACAGAGGAACAAGCCAUCACAUUGAUGAAAGCAAUUCGCCUGAUGCUAGCCAUGAAUCUGGAUUUCGCAAAGGAAGGUCUAGUCUCGAAGUCUGAUACAGAGAACGAAUCAUACCUGUUCCGUGCAGCGUGUUCAGAACUCAGCACUACGCUCCAGGCCACAAGGCACACGGAAACCCUAACACAACGCUCCCACCGCGCACAGCUGCAACACGAGUUCGACAUCCUAAAUCAAAAGGUCACCCAGGAUAUGUUGACAUUGCGUGAGGAGCUCAAGGGGCUGUUCAAUGAUCGGAAGCUGGGAUUGCAGGAAGAGAAACGGAAGAUCGACAGCAAAAUUUCAGAACUCAAUUACGAGAUCACAGUUCUUCUGAACAGCGAAGCAAAGAGCGAAGUUGAAGGCCUGAGAUGGGUGCUGACAAGACGAGCAGCUUUUGCUAUAGGAAUGUGUGCCUUCAUGAUCAUCUCAACGUUGAAUUACUCGUCCAUCAAAUCUCGUGAGAAGGAAGAAGCAGAGAAAAAACGUGAGGCAGCGGCCAAAGCGCAUGAAGAGAAAGUCGAAGCCGCUAAAUAUACCACGCCGAGCCGUGCUCAGGGAACCCAAACUGUCGAGUUUGAGGGGACCAUGGGGUGA